UUUUUAGGGAGCCGGGCUUCCCUCCACAUGGCUGCUUUCUUGGAUCCUAAGCAAAAGGAACCGUAGAUGACAGAUAGCCUUGUUGAAGUGAAGAAGGAAGAAGCUGAACGUCCAUCUGGUAUCCAAGUGGUCAAACCUUCAAAUGAUCAGUUUGACCAUUCGUCAUUGGAUGUUUCGCUUUCGAAAGAUGUUGAUUCUGGAAUAUCUUCGUUGAUAGACCCAGAUGAGAAACCACUUCCAAAUUGCUACAUUAUUGAUCCGGGUAAAGUAAUAAGUCGACUGUCGAGUGGUCCCCACAUUUCAAAACGUUUGCUACCGUCAGACGUUUAUAAUUUAUUGCGAAAGUACAGUAAUGGACACAAAAUUCUUCUGUCAGGAACAUGGCUAGUGAGGGCUUUCCAGGAUAGUCUUGAUUUCAAGCAACAAGAAGAUGCCUUGAGGAAGUUCCUCCUAGUGCGGGACGGCAUUAUAAAACUGGAAGAUGAAGGCGGAUGUGACAAAGAUGCCCAAGUGGAUGAAUCAAAGAGGCAAAGCGGAUUUAGAAAACAUGUCAAAGUGGAAGAUCCGAAGAAAGAGAAAGCUGCUACUCGAGUUGAAGAAAAUCCUGUCAGUGCUGUCCACGUGAAAGAAGAGCCGUCUUGUUUCACAGAAGCAAAUGCUGAAGACAUUGCAAAGGAUGCAGCCCUCGCACCUACAGAAAAGAAUUCAGAAGAACCUCCAGCCCCUGCAAGCUCCAAAAGAAAAGCUAGAGCUAACUCUUAUGACUGCAAUUCUUGCAAUUUUGCUGCUCAGACCAAGCGAAAACGAGAGGUAGACGGGUCGUCUGAUGACACUGAAUGGACGAUGGACAAUGCGUGUUCAAAUCUGUCAAGGCGUGGGAGGAGUAAGUCGGCUCCAUCUCUUGAACAAGCUGACGAAUCUGACGAUGAAUCUUUUAUUCGACCUAAAAAGGACAAAUCCUGCCCAUUCUGUUGUUCGGUAUUUUCUACGAUGCAAUCUCGUAAACGUCAUAUCAUGAGGAUGCAUCCGGAAAGGGCUAACGAUGAAGCCAUUAAUUUGCAUAUGUAUAGAUGUAAACCGACGAAGGAGUUGCCUUUUGCUUGCGAUCUAUGUCAUAAAAUCUUUUCAAAUAUUUCUUCGCUGCAUAUGCACUGCAAAAGUAUCCAUGAGGGGAGGAGAGACUUUGUCUGCACUGUGUGCGAAAAAAGUUAUCCGCGAAGAUGUGAUCUACGAAAACACAUGAAACGUGUUCAUAUGAAGAAUAUACUGAGUGCCUAACCAAGUAGGCCGUUUGUAUCCAGCUGAGUUUUGACUUACGAGUAUGGCUGUUUAAUGAAUCAGAAUCCUUUGGAUUUAAUUCUUCUGUUUUUUUUUUGAAUGAGUGGUAUUGGCUUUUUGCUAUCUGAGUCGUCGAUCUCUAUCCCAAACAUGAAGCAUUAUUUUUCACACUUAGUUUCAAGGUCCGACCAUUGCAUAGCACAUAGCGUUAUCGGUGAGGUUGAACUUCGCCUUGUAGUUUUGUUAGAUACCCUUUCAUGUGUGAAACCAUGUACCAUGUACUCUGUGUUUUUGUGUUGAUUGUACUUCGCUAGAGUAACUUACACCAUCUAGCCAUCCAUCCAGUUGCGACUUUUGGGCUGUGUUCGUCUUGUGAGUCGCGAUUGGCUGCGCUCAGCGCCAGGCUGCUCUGGCUACUUUUACAAAUAAUUUCGACAUUUUUUUAAGCGCUGAAGCACAUUUCAAAAUCAAUUUAAAUUGUCUAGAAAGUUUAGAUCCAACGA